AUGUCGCAGCAGAAUGAUGACCUGGCCUAUGGCCACUACAAUGAAUCCUCGAGGGGCUAUGGCGACUCUUCGCGGGGUCUAGGUGACACCUUCAAGAAGUUCUACAAGAGCCACCAGACCUCGUCGCAGCCCUCGGGUCAACCGGCUCAGCCCUACAACCAAUCUUCCAACCAGUCCGCACCGCAGGGAGCGUAUCAGGAUCAGAAUCAGCCCCCUCAAUACGGAUCCAGCAAUCAAACCCCUAAUCCUCAAUAUCAACAACAACAACAGUACCACGGACAGCCGCAGAAGCAAGAUAAAAUUUCCGGUUUUCUGGACAAGAUCCAAGGCACAGUUGCUGGGUACGGAUCGGAAUGGGCUACCAAAAUCGGUAGCACCAUCGAUCCCCAGGCUUAUGCCCAAUAUGGCCACACCAACCCAACCACCGAGAAUCGCUUCGGUAGCUUUGCGCCGCCGCGUGAACAUAACGACGUGAAGUGGUAUGUAGAUGGCGCCGGCUAUUUCUGGGCCGUAUCUCGCGCCCUCGAAAAUGCACGGGAAUCCAUCUGGAUUUUGGAUUGGUGGCUCUCCCCCGAGCUCUAUCUCAGACGGCCACCGACAAAGAAUGAAAACUACCGGCUGGACCGCAUGCUGCAGGCAGCUGCCCAGCGUGGUGUGCGAGUGAACAUUAUCGUCUACAAAGAGGUCACCCAGGCAUUGACACUCUCCUCUUACCACACCAAGAAGGCUCUGGAAAGCCUGCAUCCGAACAUUGCUGUCUUCCGCCACCCGGAUCAUUUGCCGGGACACGAAGUCGCUGCUGAAAUCGAAAAUGCAUUCCAGCACCUGACGCUAGACUCUGCCAGUCUUACUCACAUGGAUAAGGAUAAGCUUAAAGGAGUGUAUGGCGCCACCGACGAGAUGAUCCUAUACUGGGCCCAUCACGAGAAGCUCUGCUUGAUCGAUGGACAGACUGCCUUCAUGGGUGGACUUGAUCUGUGCUUUGGCCGCUGGGAUACAAACCAGCACGCAAUUGCCGAUGUUCACCCGGAAGAUCUGAGUGAGACAGUCUUCCCGGGUCAAGACUACAACAACUCUCGCAUUCUGGACUUCCAUGAUGUAGCUCAAUGGGAGAAUAACCAAUUGGACCGGAGGGUUUCGUCUCGCAUGGGCUGGUCUGAUAUCUCAAUCAGUUUACAUGGUGCUGCAGUUGAAGAUCUGCGCCGACACUUUGUCGAGCGAUGGAAUUUCAUCUACGAUGCCAAGUAUCAGUCUCGAAAUGAGUCGCGUUACGCACGGCUAGCUCUGUAUGGACAGCCCAAACCAUCUAAUCAGCAGCAGGGUGGCCAGCAACAGCAGCCCAAUCUCUACCCCAGUGGACAGGCGAGCCCUCAGAUUCAGCAGCCCUCCCAGCAAUUUGCUGCUCAGGCGGGAGCAGGAUUGUCCCACCCUCCACAGCAGCCUCAGCAAAACCAGCCUUCCUGGCAGGCUGGAAACAGCCAGCCAUCCGGAGGCCAGUCGUCUGUUAGCACCGAACCCCAGCAGCAGCAGCAGCAGCAGCAACCGCCGCAACCCCAGCAGUCCCAGACUCCAUCUUACAACCAAUAUCAGUCUUCUACUUACCCACCUGCUCCCAGUCAAGCCUCUCAAACACCUGUACAAGGCCAACAGCAGCAGCAUUCUGCUCAGUCCUGGCAAUCCGGAAAGACCGAUUAUCCUCCCCAGGGACAGUCUCAGUCUCCCUCUAACAUUCAGUCCCCUCCUCCCUACUCCAGUGGUGCUCUACCGGAUCAUACAUCGGGCCAGUAUUCAUACACUGGAAAUUCGUUCCCGCCUCCACCCCCAGGGCCCGCUCCCAGCCAAUCGCCUGGAAAUGCCCCCUACCACUCGCAGCAGCAGCAUGGACAGACAUCUUACGGGUCACCUGCACCGCCUAGUGCUUCGGAGCUGCCGGCUCAAUCCUUUGAAAACUACCCGCCUCAUGCCGAGUCUCAGGGUCAAGCUCCCUACUACCAAUCCCAGAAUCAAACUUCGGGAAAUCAGAGCCAAGCACAGACCCCAGCACCUUACUACCCGCCUCCACCAGGCCAGGAAACCCAUUCUGGCACUCGCGGAUUGGAUGGCCAGCACCACGACGGCGAGCGUGGAUUUGCACCACAGCACUAUCAGCCUCACGCUGAUGGGGAGCGUGGAUUUGUGCCAAAGCGCUACGAAGAAAAGUUCAACAAAUACGUUAACCCACUUCGUGGACAGCUUGCUGGGCAAAUUCAUCAGUAUCAGGAUCGUUUGACCGGAUACGGACGUCCUGCAUCGCAGCAAACCCAAGGCCGUAUGUCUUGCCAGGUUGUGCGUAGCUGUACCAAGUGGAGCAAUGGUAGCCCCUUGGAGCACUCCAUUGCUAACGCUUAUGCUGCUGUCAUCAAGAACAGUCUGCACUUUGUCUACAUCGAGAACCAGUUCUUCAUCACUGCUACUGGUGACCACCAACACCCUGUGAAGAAUACCAUCGGUGCCGCCAUUGUGGAGCGUAUUCUUCGUGCUGCUCGUGCCGGCGAGAAGUACAAGAUUAUUGUGGUGAUUCCCUCUGUGCCCUGCUUUGCUGGUGAUCUCCGCGAUGAUGAAAUGCUUGGCACGCGGGCCAUUAUGGAGUUCCAGUACAACUCGAUCAACCGAGGAGGAAACAGCAUUAUGGAGCUGAUCGCCAAGGAGGGUUAUAAUCCCAUGGAUUACAUUCGAUUCUACAACCUCCGCAACUAUGAUCGAAUCAACAACGGAAACAUCAUGGCUGCAGCGGAACAGCAGAGUGGUGUGAACUAUGGCGACGCGAGUCAUCAAUAUGACCAGAAUGCUUCAGCUCCCAUCAACUAUGGUCAGCAGAAUGCUCCUGCCGCUCCUGCUCCUCGAAGUGUUUUCGAUCCCACUGCUCCAUUCCAGCAGUACCAGCACGCUGCUCAGCAGGUUCCGGGAAGCAAGGCACCUGGCGCUGGACAAUGGAACAGCGUUAGCUCAUGCUACAUGCUGGGCGGAGAGGAUAUUCGUAAUGUUCCGUGGAACGGUCAUCCCGAUGCUGAGAUCGAUGCGUUUGUCAGCGAAGAGCUCUACGUGCACUCCAAGGUCAUGGUUGCCGACGAUCGCGUUGUGAUUUGCGGAUCGGCGAACUUGAACGAUCGCUCGCAGCUCGGAGAGCAUGAUUCGGAGAUUGCACUUAUUAUCGAAGACUUUACUCCGAUCCACUCCACUAUGAACGGCCAGCCCUGGACCGCCAGUCGCUUUGCUUCAUCUCUCCGUCGCCAGCUGAUGCGCAAGCAUCUGGGACUUCUUCCCCCACAAGAUUACCAGCAACCAGAUGCUAACUUUGAGCCGGUCGGUGUCCCCAACCACUUUGACUUUGACUGCCCCGAAAGCAAGAUUGUUUCCGAUCCGCUCUCGGAUACUUUGCAAAGUCUGUGGAACUCACGUGCCCACGCCAACACCGAAGUCUUCCGCAAGGUGUUCCACGCUGUUCCCGAUGACAGCGUGCGUAACUGGGCCACAUACAAAGAGUUCUACGAGUACUACUUCCACGGAGCCGAUAAAGAGGCUGAGGGUCAGGGAGGCAGACCGGCACGAUACCAGUGGGGCCACGUUGUUCGCGACGAUUUCGCCCCUGGUCCGGAAGGCGCGAAGCAAGUCAAAGAACUGCUCAGCCAGGUCAAGGGUAAUCUGGUGGAGAUGCCUUUGAUGUUCCUUGGCGAGGAGGAUAUUGCGAAGACUGGCCUGACCCUGAAUGAGCUGACUGAGCCCAUCUACACUUGA